CGCAGCUUCAUUCUCGUCGCAACGAGAUCUUUCGAGAUCUUCUCCGCCCCCGCUACCCGGCUCCUCCACUGUGGCCGCUCUGCCGGAGCCGGCCUGGGCAGCACGCUCUGCAGCGGAUCCAUUUAAGAGGCCCUAGGCCCUCGCGUGGGCACUCCCACGUCCCCACUAGCACCGGUUCCCUGGCCUACGCGGCCCGCUCUCCGCGCUCCAACCCCACCGGGGUCUGUGUCUUGUUUCGCCGGCCGGACCCGGGCUCGAGCCCGAGCUUUAGCUGGCGCCAUGUCGGUGGUAGGCAUAGACCUCGGCUUCCAGAGCUGCUACGUUGCUGUGGCACGCGCCGGCGGCAUCGAGACCAUAGCUAAUGAGUACAGCGAUCGCUGCACGCCGGCCUGCAUUUCUUUUGGUCCUAAGAAUCGUUCAAUUGGAGCAGCAGCUAAAAGCCAGAUCAUUUCCAAUGCGAAGAACACAGUCCAGGGGUUCAAAAGAUUCCAUGGCCGAGCAUUCUCUGACCCGUUUGUGGAGGCAGAAAGGUCUGGCCUUGCAUAUGAUAUCGUGCAGUUACCUACUGGAUUAACAGGUAUAAAGGUGAGAUACAUGGAGGAAGAGCGGAGUUUUACCACGGAGCAGGUGACUGCUAUGCUCCUGUCCAAACUGAAGGAGACAGCAGAGAGCGUCCUCAAAAAGCCUGUUGUGGACUGUGUGGUCUCGGUUCCUGGUUUCUAUACUGACGCAGAAAGACGGUCGGUGAUGGAUGCAACACAGAUCGCUGGUCUCAACUGCCUGCGAUUGAUGAAUGACACGACUGCAGUUGCUCUUGCGUAUGGAAUCUAUAAGCAAGAUCUCCCUGCAUUAGAAGAGAAACCAAGAAAUGUAGUUUUUGUAGACAUGGGGCAUUCUUCUUAUCAAGUUUCUGUAUGUGCAUUUAAUAGAGGAAAGCUUAAAGUUCUCGCCACUGCAUUUGAUACAACUCUGGGAGGCAGGAAAUUUGAUGAGGUGUUAGUAAAUCACUUCUGUGAAGAAUUCGGAAAGAAGUACAAGCUAGACAUAAAGUCCAAAAUCCGUGCAUUGUUGCGACUGUCUCAGGAGUGUGAGAAGCUCAAGAAAUUGAUGAGCGCAAAUGCGUCUGACCUCCCUUUGAGCAUUGAGUGUUUUAUGAAUGAUGUCGACGUGUCAGGAACUAUGAAUAGAGGCAAAUUUCUGGAGAUGUGCGAUGAUCUCUUAGCCAGAGUGGAGCCGCCGCUUCGUAGCGUUUUGGAACAAGCCAAGUUAAAGAAAGAAGAUAUUUAUGCAGUGGAGAUAGUUGGCGGUGCGACUCGAAUCCCUGCGGUAAAAGAGAAGAUCAGCAAAUUCUUCGGUAAAGAGCUCAGCACAACUCUGAAUGCUGACGAAGCCGUCACUCGAGGCUGUGCGCUGCAGUGUGCAAUCUUAUCGCCUGCUUUCAAAGUCAGAGAAUUUUCUAUCACUGACGUAGUACCAUAUCCAAUAUCUCUGAGAUGGAAUUCUCCAGCUGAAGAAGGGUCAAGUGACUGUGAAGUCUUUUCAAAAAAUCACUCUGCUCCAUUCUCUAAAGUACUCACGUUUUAUAGAAAGGAGCCUUUCACUCUUGAGGCCUAUUACAGCUGUCCUCAGGAUCUGCCCUAUCCAGACCCUGCUAUAGCUCAGUUUUCCGUUCAGAAAGUCACUCCUCAGUCCGAUGGCUCUAGCUCAAAAGUCAAAGUCAAGGUUCGAGUCAAUGUCCAUGGCAUUUUCAGUGUGUCCAGUGCAUCCCUGGUGGAAGUGCACAAGUUUGAGGAAAAUGAGGAGCCGAUGGAAACUGAUCAGAAUGCAAAGGAGGAAGAGAAGAUGCAAGUGGACCAAGAGGAACCGCAUGUCGAAGAGCAGCCGCAGCAGAUGCCAGCAGAAAGUAAGGCCGAGUCAGAAGAAAUGGAGACCUCCCAAGCUGGAUCAAAAGACAAAAAGAUGGAUCAGCCACCUCAAGCCAAGAAGGCAAAAGUGAAGACCAGCACCGUGGACCUGCCAAUUGAGAACCAGCUGUUAUGGCAGAUAGACAGAGAGAUGCUCAACUUGUAUAUUGAAAAUGAGGGUAAGAUGAUCAUGCAGGAUAAACUGGAGAAGGAGCGGAACGACGCUAAGAACGCAGUGGAAGAGUAUGUGUAUGAAAUGCGAGACAAGCUCAGUGGUGAAUACGAGAAGUUUGUGAGUGAGGACGAUCGUAACAGUUUUACCUUGAAACUAGAAGAUACCGAAAACUGGUUGUAUGAGGAUGGAGAAGACCAGCCAAAGCAAGUUUACGUCGACAAAUUGGCUGAGUUAAAAAAUCUAGGUCAGCCUAUUAAGAUAAGAUUCCAGGAAUCUGAAGAAAGACCAAAAUUGUUUGAAGAACUAGGGAAACAAAUCCAGCAGUAUAUGAAAGUAAUCAGCUCAUUCAAAAACAAGGAGGACCAGUACGACCACCUGGACGCUGCCGACGUGACGAAGGUGGAGAAGAGCACGAACGAGGCCAUGGAGUGGAUGAACAAGAAGCUGAACCUGCAGAACAAGCAGAGUCUGGCCCUGGAUCCGGUUGUCAAGACAAAGGACAUUGAAGCUAAAAUUAAGGAGCUGAUGAGUGUCUGUAACCCUAUAAUUUCAAAGCCCAAACCCAAAGUGGAACCUCCAAAGGAGGAGCAGAGUAAUGCCGAGCAGAACGGACCAGUGGACGGACAAGGAGACAGCCCCGGUCCGCAGGCCGCCGGGCAGGGCCCAGACUCGGCUGUGCCUUCGGAUUCAGACAAGAAGCUUCCUGAGAUGGACAUUGAUUGAUUCCAACAGUUGUUUAUAUUAAAACAGACUAUUAUAAA